AUGAGUGUGGGGUGUGUGGGGCUCCUGCGCUCCGCUCACGGCCGCCGCCGCCGGGGAAGGACGGACGGACGGCGCUUCCCUGGGCGAGCGGUUCCUGGGCACCUCGGCGCGGCGCGGGCGCGAGUGGAGCGCUCUCGCCUGGCCGCCGGCCUCCGGAAGGUCCUGCUGCUUCCCCCCUGGGCUGGAUAUGUUCAUGUUCACGUGAAGAUGGAUUUAGUGUACGGUCUCGUGUGGCUGCUCACAGUCCUCCUGGAGGGAAUCUCUGGCCAAGGAGUGUACGCUCCCCCCACGGUUCGUAUUGUGCACUCAGGCUUGGCCUGUAACAUUGAGGAGGAGCGCUACUCUGAAAGAGUCUACACUAUACGGGAAGGAGAAACCCUAGAAUUAACCUGUCUGGUCACUGGACAUCCACGGCCACAGAUCAGGUGGACCAAAACAGCAGGAAGUGCCUCUGACAGAUUCCAAGACUCAAGUGUCUUCAAUGAGACAUUGAGGAUUACAAAUAUUCAGCGACACCAAGGAGGCCGGUAUUACUGUAAAGCAGAGAAUGGCUUGGGGUCCCCAGCGAUAAAGUCAAUCAGAGUGGAUGUGUACUAUUUGGAUGAUCCUGUAGUAACUGUUCAUCAAAGUAUAGGUGAAGCUAAAGAACAGUUUUACUACGAGAGAACAGUAUUCCUCAGGUGUGUUGCCAAUUCCAAUCCACCUGUUCGGUACAGCUGGAGACGUGGCCAGGAGGUGUUACUACAGGGAUCUGAUAAAGGAGUUGAGAUUUAUGAACCCUUCUUUACCCAGGGUGAAACAAAGAUCUUAAAACUAAAGAAUCUUCGACCUCAGGAUUAUGCUAAUUAUAGCUGCAUUGCUUCAGUGAGGAAUGUUUGUAAUAUUCCUGAUAAGAUGGUUUCUUUUAGACUUUCCAAUAAAACAGCAUCUCCGUCAAUUAAACUCUUGGUGGAUGACCCUAUAGUUGUAAAUCCUGGAGAGGCCAUAACAUUAGUGUGUGUUACGACAGGAGGAGAGCCUGUACCAUCUCUCACCUGGGUCAGGUCCUUUGGGAUUCUGCCUGAAAAGACUGUUUUGAAUGGAGGAACUUUGACCAUACCUGCCAUCACCUCAGAAGAUGCUGGUACUUACAGCUGCAUUGCCAAUAACAAUGUAGGAAACCCUGCAAAAAAGUCUACCAACAUCAUUGUGAGAGCAUUAAAAAAAGGACGAUUUUGGAUCACACCAGAUCCUUAUCACAAAGAUGACAACAUCCAGAUUGGGCGUGAGGUGAAAAUCUCUUGCCAAGUAGAAGCCGUUCCUUCUGAGGAGUUAACGUUCAGUUGGUUUAAAAAUGGUCGUCCAUUAAGAAGCUCUGAGCGGAUGGUUAUUACACAGACUGACCCGGAUGUCUCUCCGGGAACGACAAACUUGGACAUCAUUGAUUUAAAAUUCACGGAUUUUGGGACAUACACAUGUGUAGCAUCUCUGAAGGGAGGAGGAAUAUCUGAUAUCAGUAUUGAUGUUAAUAUAUCCAGCAGCACAGUUCCACCCAAUCUGACUGUUCCACAGGAAAAAUCACCUUUGGUCACCAGAGAAGGAGACACAAUAGAACUGCAGUGUCAAGUCACUGGAAAACCUAAACCCAUCAUCCUUUGGUCUAGAGCGGAUAAGGAAGUGGCAAUGCCUGAUGGAUCAAUGCAAAUGGAGAGUUAUGACGGAACACUGAGGAUUGUGAAUGUGUCUAGGGAAAUGUCAGGAAUGUACAGAUGUCAGACCAGCCAGUACAAUGGUUUUAACGUGAAACCAAGAGAAGCCUUGGUGCAGCUCAUUGUACAGUAUCCCCCAGCUGUGGAACCAGCAUUUUUGGAAAUCCGACAAGGACAAGAACGAAGUAUCACUAUGAGCUGCAGGGUUCUGAGAGCUUAUCCUAUACGGGUACUGACCUAUGAGUGGCGCUUGGGCAACAAACUAUUACGGACGGGUCAGUUUGACUCUCAAGAGUACACAGAGUACCCGGUGAAGAGUCUUUCCAAUGAAAACUAUGGGGUUUAUAACUGUAGCAUCAUAAAUGAAGCUGGAGCUGGGAGAUGCAGUUUUCUUGUUACAGGAAAGGCCUACGCUCCAGAAUUCUAUUAUGAUACCUAUAAUCCUGUGUGGCAAAACAGACACCGUGUUUACUCCUACAGUCUACAGUGGACUCAAAUGAAUCCUGAUGCAGUGGAUCGGAUUGUGGCGUACCGACUGGGUAUUAGGCAGGCUGGGCAACAGCGUUGGUGGGAACAGGAGAUAAAAAUAAAUGGAAAUAUUCAAAAAGGAGAAUUAAUUACAUAUAAUUUGACUGAGCUAAUUAAACCAGAGGCUUAUGAAGUCCGACUAACACCUCUCACCAAAUUUGGUGAAGGAGACUCAACAAUUCGUGUCAUUAAAUAUAGUGCUCCUGUUAAUCCUCAUUUGAGAGAAUUUCAUUGUGGAUUUGAAGAUGGUAACAUUUGUUUGUUCACUCAAGAUGAUACGGAUAAUUUUGACUGGACAAAGCAAAGUACUGCAACAAGAAAUACAAAAUAUACUCCAAACACAGGACCUAAUGCUGAUCGUAGUGGCUCCAAAGAAGGUUUUUAUAUGUACAUAGAGACAUCUCGACCAAGACUGGAAGGCGAAAAGGCUCGACUUCUCAGCCCUGUUUUUAGCAUAGCUCCCAAAAACCCUUAUGGACCCACGAACACUGCAUAUUGUUUCAGCUUCUUUUAUCACAUGUAUGGACAACACAUAGGUGUUUUAAAUGUUUAUCUACGCUUGAAAGGGCAGACAACAAUAGAGAAUCCACUGUGGUCUUCAAGUGGGAAUAAAGGACAACGAUGGAAUGAGGCUCAUGUUAAUAUAUAUCCAAUUACUUCAUUUCAGCUCAUUUUUGAAGGUAUUCGAGGUUCUGGCAUUGAAGGGGACAUCGCCAUUGAUGAUGUGUCAAUUGCGGAGGGAGAAUGUGCAAAACAAGACCUGACAAGUAAGAAUUCCGUUGAUGGUGCUGUUGGAAUUUUAGUACAUAUAUGGCUUUUCCCAGUUAUUGUCCUCAUCUCUAUCCUAAGCCCUCGAAGGUGA